AUGCCAAAUAUCGCUCUACCCAUGCCUUUGCCCCCUUCCACUGCAGCUGCGCGGGCAUCUCUGGCAUCUGGCUUGGCGUACGUCUCCCUUGGGGGCUCUGCCUUGCUGCUCUCCAACGGCUCCAUUCUGCUCACCAGUGGCGCUACCAGCCAGCAAGGCUCUGCCUUUGCAUCGCCCGCACUGCGCCUCUUCUACAUUCCUGACAAGCGCUCUCCCUGCGGAACUCAACUGGGCUUCCUCGUUGCCUUCACCUUUGCCAUGUUCCCCGGGGAUCAGGGGGCAGGUGGGGAAGGGCUUGCGUUCGUGAUGGCAGCAGCUGCUCCUGACAAGCGGACAAGCCUCAGCGACCCCAACGACAACCAUGUGGGCGUCAAUGUGGGCGGCUCACCUGUGUCCGUCGCCUCUGCCACGGCCCCUCUCAUCCUCAACGACGCCCACACCAAGCACGCCUGGAUCCACUAUGACCCCACCAGCGGCGGCACUCUCCGAGUCUUCCUCUCCUCCGACCCCCAGCAGCCCCUCACCCCAACCCUCACAACAAGCGUGUCUCUCUGCUCCGUGCUCAAGCCCACUGCAUCCGAUGCUCUCUUCCUCUUCCGCUUCGUGGCCCUCUCAGGCAGCCAGCCCCAAAGACAUGCCAUUUUGUCCUGGAACUUCAUCACAGAUAUUCCCUCUUCUCUGUAA